AUGGCAGACAACCAAGGCUUUAUGCCUGUGCCUUCUCUGGCUUCUACGCUCAAGGACUCCUUCCAGUACGGCUCGUCACUCAGGAAGACGAUCCAGGAAUCUAGAGCAUGCAGGACCUAUCUGCUCGGGCAUCCUAUAGCGCAGUCGCUUGCUCCCUUUCUGCAUAGCACGCUGUUCGAAUUGAAUGGUCUGUCGUGGACAUACCAGCUCCUCGAAUCGACCAACCAGCAGGACUUAUUAUCAUUGUUGCCACAAGACGACUGCGUGGGCAGCGCGGUGACAAUGCCUCACAAAGUCACAUUCGCGGCGCAAACCGACGAGUCAACUGAAGAAGGGCGCGAGAUCGGUGCCAUCAACACAGUCUUCAUCCGUUUGUCGCCCGAGGGACACCGUCGAUACAUUGGAACCAACACUGACUGCAUCGGCGUCCGCGAGGCUUUUACCGGCCACGCUUCGCCAGAACAACUUCUCGCAGCUCGGUCACGGCCGGCGUUGAUAGUCGGUGGAGGGGGUGCUGGCCGGUCUGCCUUGUACGCUCUUCAUAAAUUCAUGGGUGUGCAGACCAUAUAUAUGGUCAACAGGUUCAAAUCCGAAGUCGACGCCAUCGUUAAGGACUUUUCUCGGGUGGCCGGUUGGACGGCGAGAAUUAUCCAUGUCGACACAGGCGAGCAAGCACAGAAGCUUCCAAAACCUUAUCUUGCUGUCGGCACCGUGCCCGACUACGCCCCUGCGACACCAGAAGAACAGCUGGCACAAAAGGUAUCGCGGACUUUGAUGUCAGAUCCUGCAUCCGAGAAGGGCAUCGUCUUGGAGAUGUGCUAUUUCCCACGAGUUCGGACGUCCUUCUAUGAAUUUGCCGAAGCUGCAGGCUGGCAGGUGAUUCCCGGGACGGUGGCAAUGAUCUGGCAGGGCGUGGCUCAACAAGUCUUAUGGAGUGAGAGCGUCGCGCCUGCGGAUGAAGAAGUGGUCAAGAAAGCCAGUGCAACAGUGUUGGAGAUUAUCGAGUCUAGGCGAGCUCAGCAAUAA